AAACCACAAACACUUCGCCAUACAUAAUGGGUGUAACAGACAGAACAAAGCAUGUAAAUAAGAGAUAAACCAUAUAGAGAACUUCAUCUUUAAUUUCGGAACUGAAGCGUGCACUUUGCAACAUGAAAAUGCACCUGAAAUAAAGAUCAACAACAGACAACUGCAAGAGUUCAAGUUCAAGUUCGCAAUUUAAUGAUGAGUUUCACUCUCACUGAAAAUCAGUCAACCACACAAAACAUGAUCUCACGCACCACUUUUAGUUUUAUCUCAACCUAAAUAGAUUGAAGUUUUAAAUGGAAACGUAACUAAAUCUAGUUUAAUUAUGUGUGCAGCUUUUAGUUAGAAAAAUAUUUAGUCUGCAGUGCCAGUUUAGCUGACCCCAUGGGGUCUCAUUUUAAGUGAUAUUUUUAAUUAGUAUUUAGAAAUUUUGAAAUGAUUUUAAAGUGACAUGACCCUUACUCGAACUGCUUUGCACGUAAAAGUGGUCAUAAUAAUAUUAAUUUCCAUCCUGGUAAAAUUUUCUCUUCAAGAAAUGGUAUCUCAAGAAUCAAAAAUAAACUCUCGACGCCCAAUCAAGUUACUCAAAUCAGAACCCGAAUAUAUUCAGACAAAAUUUCCGAAAUCCAUCGUUCUUAAAAAGAGUCGGAAAUAUUAUAAAGAACCGAAAACCCCAGCUCCUCAAUCGUACGAAGUUGUGGAUCAUUUUCAUGAAACGCUACCCCCACAAGAAGAAGAUCACGGUGACCUUAUUGACCACGAACCCGCAUUCUUUGAGCCAGGCCCACCACGAAGUGUGUCACAGUUGGAGAAACGUGUAAAAAAGUUAAAAUUUGGCACGCCCAGAUUUCACUUUGAGGUAGAAGUUCCCACGAAGAAGGCGCACCCAGAGCCGCCACGUGCUCACGUCCACCCACACGCGGGAAGAAGGAGGAGGAAACCACCCCCCAGAUCUCGUCGACCGAGAAGAUGGAGAAAAAAGAGUCGAACAUUUACUAAGAUCGGAGCCACUCUUGACUUUGCUAACAGUGUACGAAAAAGAAUAAAGAAACGGGUAGGAAGAAUUAUUGCUGGCUCGGUUACCUUGAAAGCCAGGGUGUUAGCGAAACUUAUAAAUUUUGUGUUCUCAUUUUAAAUAUUUGUUCAUAGGGAGUUAAGAAAGAUGAAUAAAUUAUAGAUAUAAUUAA